GCCCGAAAACUUUGUAAUGGUCGUAACAAGCACAGUAUUGCUGAAGAAUUCACCCAAGUCGCUUUACAAGUAUCUGCUAAGGGAAUGUCAAAAAUUGCCCAAAGGUGCGGAUGAAUUUUACAAACACUCGGUUAAACAGAGUUUUAAACAACAUGUAGCUGAACUGGAUCCAGAAAGAAUUCAACAGAUUAUGGAAAAAGCUCUUCUGGAUGCUAAAUGGAUAAUGCAAAAAGUAUGA